AUGCCGCGGAUUCCUCCCGACCUUCAUGAACAGUCUGCUAAUCCCACCGUCCCCACAACCACACCAUCCACGACUCUCCAGACCUCCACACAGCCCGAGCCAUCAUCUCAGCAAUCCUCCGCAACUGAGCGUAUCGACACCCAAGCCCCGUCCUCGCAAGGCUCCUCUCUUCCCGAACCCCUCCAACACCACCUAAACUCCAUCAAAUCCACCUUGCGAUCCCUCUUCGCCUCAAAACCCCCACACACUAUCCAACGUCUCGCAGAACUAAUCGUCCGCCCCACUGCCCACUACCGCACUCUUCCCGCAUAUCUUCGCGCCGUCGACCGCGUCGUCUGCGUCACCAGCAGCGCGGAAAUCUUCCCCCUCCACUCGACACAUCAUGGCGCUGCUCCCCAGCCCAACGGCGCGGUCAUCAACGGCGCCGAUACCGGCCUCUUGUUCCCGGACCAUGCGCUCGGUAGCGAUGAGUCUCUAGGCGGAGCUCUUCUCACUCCGAUACCGUGGUUGAGUAAUGAUCCCUCAUCGCCAGAACACGAAGGGGAAAGCGGUACACUUAUGGGGGAUACUGGGUUCCCUACCCAGGGGGUGGAGCAUACUGGCGCUGAGCAAGGAGAUCAACAGAUGGGAUCUGUUCCUACUGCGGAGACGAUGACGGUGGUGACAUCAGACACAAAUGGAAACGAAGGCACGGGUGAAGCUCCGCCGGCUGAAGCACUGGAGGAUAUUCCGCAUGCAAGAGGUCCCUCUGUAGUCGGGGUGGAGGAUCUAGGGUUACAAGACGGUAGGGGUGUGGAGAUGGAUCUCUCGAGUGGAGGGGAGGGGGCGCCGGAACUGCAGGCUUCUGGACAGGAGAAUUCUCAGCCGCAGCAGGAGCAAGAGCAAGGGAACCAGCAGCAGCAGGCUACUGGCCAGGAUGGAGAACAAGGUGCUAAGUCGACAGCAGAUGGAGAUGGAGAUAUUUCUCUAGAUGAUGUCAAAGCUCCGGAGGAGAACGCUUCCGUAACUGAAACGGCGAAUAAAGAUCAGCAGCAAGCGUAG